CUCCCGCCGUCCGCCGUCACGUGCGGGCCGCAGCGGCCGCGUAGUUAGAUCGGGGCGGCUGAGCCGGGUGCCAACCAAGGCAGGAAGGGAGGUGGCUGUCGAGCCAUUCUUAAAGGGGCCCGAGAGAUCCUACGGCAACGGGCCGCUGACGGCCGGAAGGAAAAUGAGUGAGUCUUUGGUGGUUUGUGAUGUUUCUGAAGAUUUAGUGGAAAAGCUGAGAAAGUUUCGUUUUCGAAAAGAAACCCACAAUGCUGCCAUUAUAAUGAAGAUUGACAAGGAUAAAUGCCUGGUGGUACUGGAUGAGGAACUUGAGGGCAUCUCCCCAGAUGAACUUAAAGAUGAACUACCUGAGCGGCAACCUCGCUUCAUUGUGUAUAGUUAUAAAUAUCAACAUGACGAUGGAAGAGUUUCUUACCCUCUGUGCUUUAUUUUCUCCAGUCCUGUUGGGUGCAAGCCUGAGCAGCAGAUGAUGUAUGCUGGAAGUAAGAACAAGCUAGUCCAGACAGCUGAGCUAACCAAGGUAUUUGAAAUAAGAAACACUGAAGACCUAACUGAAGAAUGGCUACGGGAGAAACUUGGAUUUUUCACUAAUGUGAACAUCUGUGUUUCUAAAGUAUUUAUGUAUUAACCUGACCAUACUGGAACCAGACAUAAAUAGUUAAUUUAUGCCUAAAAAUGCACUGUUACUUACAGUUUGUUUCCUGCAGUAAAGAAAACUUCUUCAUUUGUGCAGUUUGAACAAAGGGGAAAUCAUCUUCAUAGUAAUGGAACUUUGUGAAGCAUUUCCUUGUGUUUGUCAUUAUUAGGUGGACACUUUCCUCCAGGGGUGGUUUGCACCCUUGUGACUAAUUUCUAUAAUUUAUGAUUCAGAAUUUACUGUUUGCAGACACUGUUGAAAGGUGGGUAUUAGACUGUGAUAGACAACAGUUCCUCCUCUGACCACUACUGGGCGCUGCUGGCAGUUUCUAAGUGCAAAUAGCAUUUUAUCAUUUGUCACAUCAUCGAGGUUCAUUUGGGGCUAAAGUCUUAAAGUGACCGAUUUUGAGCCAAGAGUAGUGAAUUAGUAGAACCUCUGUUGCACUUUCCGUAAGUUUUCAUUCUCUCUUGAUUUCCUGUAUCUUUUUAAUCAAGUAUAGAAACUAUAUCAAUCACUCAUUCUUAAGGUCUAGAGGUUGGAUUUUAUGGCAGAGUUAUGAUUAUUAGGGUUUCUUCUUAUGGAAAAUAGAAUCCUAGUCUUAGAAACUGGUGAGUUAUAUAUAUAAUCAAGGGCUUCGAUCCUGAUUAUGUCACUAUUAGGGAGCUUAGAAUGUAGCUUGGUGACACUAAAGCACCUCCUAAUGUCUUGUGAGCACUGUUUGAAAUAUGUCAAUACUGUGCCUUUGACUUGUCAGCAUUAACGUUAGCUUAAGACUUCUACACUGCCAGUAUUCUAGAUUUGGUGAAAUUAAUAAUUUUUUAAAGGGUUCAAGUAAAACAAUUUUCUAAUAUGUAUAACUGAAGUUUGUAAUAAAACCAACUUGUUGUUUUUAAAAAUUCAACUAUCUGCCCAAAGUCGUGAAUAUAUGGUGGUAAGAGUUAUAAUUUGGGGUAUAUUUACUAUUAGUUUUGUGCAGUAUGUAAGCAUUAUUUAAAACUUUGGUCAUAGUUAAUAACAACACAUCAAUAGAUGUCAUACAUUUUAUCCUAAAUGCCAGAAAAAAUUCUAAUAUGGACAAAGCCAGUCAUGUUAGAUGGUGGCACCAGGGUUAGGAAGCAGGACUUAUAAUCUACUUAAGUGUUAUUACAUUACGCUUAAGAAAAUAUGUCAGAAACCAUUGAAUAGCAAUAUGAUUUAAAGAGAAAACUAGAGAUACUGUGGAGGCUGACCAAAUUCUUAUAUUAAGAAAGUAAUCAUUUUGAGCUGGGCAGUGCUAGUACACAUGCCUUUAAUCCCAGCACUCGGGAGGCAGAGGCAAAUGGAUCUCUGGUCCACACAAGUUCCAGGACAGUCAGUGCUACGCACAGAAACCCUGUCUCAAAAAAACAAACAAAACAAAAAAAUCAUUUCAAAACUAGCAAAACUUUUUUUUAAUGUGUUCAUUGCAUAGUAUUCAUCUUUUUAGGGCUCUGCCAGCUUUACUGGAGGAAAGAGUUGAACUUUCAGUGUUCCCAGCUGUACUCACUAACCUGUAUGUUAGGAAGCAAUCGCAAGUGCCAGAGGGGGUGUUUGCAUGGGCUUGUGAAUGGAAAAGUUCCGUUUCCAGAGAGUGAGAAAACUUCACCCAAGAAGUUCAAGAGUUCACUAUACAGGUGUUUUGUUAUGGGCUAGAGAAUUGCUUGCUUAUAAUCCUAUACAGAAAGCAAAUGAGAUCCAAGUAGAGAGUAACUUUAAUGUUUUUGAAUGAAGCAAAUAAGGUUUUGUUUGUUUUACCUGGUUGCGUAAGUAUACUGCUGAAAGUAGUGCUACAAGAGUGUACAUUUUUAAUACAGUUCUUUUUUUUUUUGGCUUGCAUAUUUAACUUAGUUUUGCAAAUUUUAAAGUCUUCCCUGCCAUACUCAGUACUCCUAUGUCCAGUUCUCUAGCAGCUUUCUUUUUGAAGCUUGUCCAACCUUCCCAGUAAGUGUGCGUUUUGUAAGGCAGCACAUUGGACUGGGGCAUCAACAGAACCUUUCUAUUCUGUCUGUCCUUAGGCAGCUUUGUAAGUCCCAUGGUCCAAAGGAUUCCCAAAUAUUUAUGGAAGUUUCCCUUUAGCUAAAAUUUACAUUCUUUUAAAGUAUUUUUAUUAUUCCUUUUGUACCUUUCCAUAAAGAGUAUGUCCAGGUUUCUUAAUUCCAGCUUUUACACUCCAUGUCUUUCUGGAACAACCAUUCCCAUUCAGCCUUAAAUCUUAAUCUUUCCUUUUUAGAAGCCACUCUUUCCAGGAACCUCUUUUGUUUUCUAAGUCAGCAUUGGUUCGGAAAUUUCUGAUUUUAUUUAAGUUGUGCAUAGCAUCUAAUGUCAAAACCAACAAGAAUCACAAUGUGUGUUUAAUACAGUUUUUGUGACUAAAUAAGUGACGUAUGAAGAAAGGUGUUCUCAGGUUACUGUGCUGAAAUUCCAAAAUGUCUGAGUUUUGAACAGUAAUCACUUUGUUCUGAUAUUGAAGCAAAUAUGUUAAGAAAAAAGCUGGUUGGCUGUUUUGUUUAAUUGACUUCUAAACUCUGUUUGAAUUGUCUAUCUGGGGAGUUAUCUGGAUGCCUAAUGCAGCUAAACAUUCUCUUGUGUGAGGAGUGUUACUACAUUUUUAAUCAUUACUAAAUAAUUUGUAGCAAAAUUGUGUGUGAGCAUUUUGCCUCCCUUUUUGUCUCCUAUUUUCAGGAGCCAAACUUAGCCAUAAACUGUAUCCUGGUCUGCUACUUUCACUAACAGUUUCUAGUUAGAUGAGUUUAUUGCCAAAUUAAACUUGGCUCUUAUCCCACCCAGAUAGAAACUAAGGAAGAUGGACAGAAGAAAUGUUCAGACACUUGUAAAACUCAUGUGACAACAUCAAUCUGUAUAUGAACUAGUGAAUAGAUAUUUUCAUAAGGGUUGAAAUGCCAAUAUUUGGGAAGUAGAGAGUAGAGUAUAUUCUAUCAGUUCUAUUGGGUGUUAAUAUGGCUGUACUCCUUAUUUGUUCUGUAGACUGAUAAUACUGGAAUCCAUAAAGUUUGAGCUUACGUGAAGAAAUGUUGCAAACAUUUCUGGAUGAACCUUAUUUUGUAUUUCUGGAAGAGUAUAAAUAUCUCUUAGGCCUCUUCAUUCUGAUGGUUCCAAGGCAGAUGUUUCUUGUGAGGCCAUUUGACAUUUCAGAUCAGUGAUCAUAUUCCUGUAAUGUUUAAAACAAUUACAUUAAGCUUGUGAUAGGAACAAUUUCUUGCUUUUUAGAAUAUAAAUACUUGAAUAUUGUUUGAGAUCACUAACAUGCCAAGGCAAAUCCCACUGACUUUGAUGGUCCAAUAUAAUCUCAUUCAGGAGGCUUGAAACAUUGGUGGUUUAGUCUUGUGAACUUUAACAGUUCUCUGUCAUUCUUUAAGAAAACCAACAACUGGCAUUACUCCUAAGCUGUGGUUUCAGUCUCUGCUAGUUCAUACCGCAUGUUUGUUUAUUUUGGAGUCUUUUGGUAAGCAUGGUGCUUGUACUGGUUUAAAUAAAAUGCUAACAUGAAAGGA